GACGUCACGGGAGACCGCGAGGUGACGUGCGGCCGCCUUGCGAGCGCGCGAUUGGCAGUUGGUUGAGGGAGAAGGCGGCGGUGGCGGCGACUGUGGAGAGCGGAAGAGAGACCCUCAGAGGAGAGUUGGCGAAAUUUGAAAGGCAGAAGAGGAAUGGAGAGCCAUGUCUGCAGGAUUUGGCCACUCUCUGUGCCAGACUUUGUGCAUUAUCUUCAUAUCAGUUGGGAGACAGACCUGGGAAAAGGUUUCACUGUGACCCUUUGGAAUGGACAACAUGCUUGGAGUGGUAAAGUCUCAGAAACGCAAAUGACUGUAGAAGCAAAUGAAGCCGAAAUGGAAAGAGAGAAAUAUUUGGCUGAACUACGACAAGCACUGACAUCAGGUGAAGGAAGAACAAGAAACUACAGCUUUGAUAUCUCUAAACAUGGUGAUGCAGAUGAAAUGCUCAAUUUCACUUAUGAGAAGGUCUUACAAGAUUUCUCUUUUAAGCUUGGUUCUGUGGAGUUGAAAAAAGUGUCAGACCCAACAGAGGUCAUUAAAGAGUUGAUCAAUUAUGGACUGGACUGUAUCGGAGAUCUGCGAAUCAAAAACGAGCACAUGCAAAAAGAAAAUAAAAGAUUGAAAUGUGACUGCGACUACAGCCUGAAUGAGUUAGAGAAACACGUAAAGGAUAAAGAGGCAUUGGAACACGGACUCUAUUCACGCUUCAUUCUGGUGCUCAAUGAAAAAAAAGCCAAGAUUAGAAGCCUGCUAGAAAAACUAAAAUGUACUCAAGAGGAAGCAGAAGCCAGCAGUGAAAGCAGAGGUGUUGUGGCUGCUAGCCAAGAGACUCCAGCAGCUAAAGAAAGUAUUGAUUCUAGUGCAAAUGAAGAAAGUAAAGACCAUACCUCUGAAUAUAGAAGAUGCUCUCAACCUCCCAAGCCAGCAAACGCACCAACUGAAAGUCAUCCCCUGGACAGCAGCCUACAUGAGACUGUUGAUGUAGCACCAAGUCGGAAGCGACGCCAUCGACAACAAAGGGAUCAAGUCGCAGAUGCUCCAAAAGUUCCUUGUGAAAAUCUGUCACAAGAUAAGGGCAGGUCACAUUCCGCUAAUCCUGCACCACUAUCCAGCCCCCAGGAAGAAGAUGAUCAGUCCUUGAGUACCAUCCCAAACACUCCUGAUCCAGACAACCUCUUUGAUCAUAUCUAAAUCAUUUUUAUACAUAAAAACUCUAAAUGCAGAAAGCAUAAUGAACAAUAUAUGUACAUAAUAUACUCUGUCACUGUAUGGUAUUCCUGUCAACUACAAUUAAGUAUGCAAUAAUACUAUUUGUCCUUAAGGGCUGGGUGCAGAAACUGCAGACAUAUGAGCAACAGCUGUAAUCUUCCAGUCUUUAGAUUCAAAAUCUACACGGUGUGUAUAACAUAGACUGAACUCCUAAUUGCCUUGUAAUAUCACAUCAGUUCCUUAAUUCAUGUUCAUGUGAAAUGACAUUGUUAGUUUACACAUUCCAUAUAUUAUAAAUCAUGCAAAAACAAUAUCAGAAUGGCCCUUAUAGCACAUAGAAAGUGAUAUCCAUGGUGACCCUACGACCCAGAACUUGGCCACUUUUGUAGUUCAAAACAAUAAAAUAAUAUGUGAACAAAACUAUUUUUAAAGAUGGGAAUUUACUUUCCUCGAUUUGAAGACAUUUGGAAUACCUGCCAAACAUUUUUUACCAAUUAAAAUCAGAAACCUGCAAGCCUAGUUAUAUUCAUUUGAAAACUAUAGCUACUAUACUUAAAGAUGAGUCAUUUGGGUAUUUUUGCAUUAAGAAAGUUGAUUCAAAAGUUAAUUCACAACGCUAUUAUUUACUAAAAUAUGUUUUCAGUCCUUUUCAGUAUACACAGGGUAUAGUAUAAGGCUAUGAGUGGAGAGUUAUUUUACAUUCAGCUUCAGAUUAUCCCCAAGAAUUACUUGAGUUGCACUCUCAUUGUUUAUGGCAUUGUUCAAAUCCCAACAUUAAAUUAGACAGUCACUCAGAGAUGGGAAAUAGCUUCAGUUGGUUUAAAUUCACUACUGACCUGCUAAUCUGCUGUUUUUGGGGGGUCUAGCUUCUUAUUCCUGGAAGUGCUACUCUUGAAAGGUCUAGCUAUGCAUACUAUCACAAGUGUAUUCUUUAUUAUUGCUUGUUUUUUUCCCCUUUCGCUUUCAAAACUUAAGCCAUAACUCUCACUCACAAUGGCUAAGAUGCUACCUUCAUGCUAUUUCAAUAAAAAUCGGGCUCACACAGGGAAUACUCAAUAUAAUAUGGUGCUACCUUUUACUGGUGGGGAUUAUUAAAUAGAAUGUCGUAUAUAAUGACACAUCCGAGGCCUGAAAUUCUCAUGAGCUUAUCUUGAAGACUAUUGGCUUAAAAUUUAAAGUUCAGGCUGAAUUUAGUCAGUUCUUAAAUUCUGCCUUAAUUAAGAAACCAGGGUUCUGCAAUUAUUAAGUAUUGAAAUUAAGCCUGGAUUCUGAAUGUUCCAAAAUCUGCAUGUUUAAAGCUUUAAUCUCACCGUUUUAACAUGUAAGGUCAUGAAGAUUUCAGAGUUCUAUGUGUUGAGCCUUGUAGGACACUUUUGAGAGUUAUUGACAUGGAAGAUUAUGGAGGCUUCAUUAUUUAUUUACCCAGAUUUCCAGCUGAGGGCACCUGCAUAAGCAGUUAGCAGUGCAGUUACAGAGAGCAAUUUAAUUGUUUUGACUAGUAAGAGAAACUGUGCAAAUGUGUUCAAUGUGUUGAAUUUCUGUUCUUAAACAUGGAUUAAACACUUGGGAUAUAAUAUUAAAUCUUUUCAAAAACAUGAAUUUUGUCUCAAUAUGUUCUGUAAAAAAACAAGAUUCACUAAGUUACGCAGACUGCCAAAAUCUACGUAGCAACGAAUGAAAUGUCUUCAAUGCAUGUCGCUAAUGGUGGUACAGGGGAAAUGAUAUACAUUAGAUACCAAUGUAAAUCCAUAAUUAUGAAGCUUGUGAAUGUGUAAUUAC